GCCCUCCCUCACCGUUUUUGCAGGUCUCCUGUCAUCAUGGCGCUGGCCGUCCUGCGGAUCCUGGAGCCGUUCCCCACCGAGACACCCCCUUUGUCGGUGCUGCUGCCGCCCGGGGGCCCGUGGCCUGCGGCGGGGCCGGGUCUGGUGCUGGCCCUGCGGCCUGCAGGGGAAAGCCCGGCAGGGCCAGCGCUGCUAGUGGCGGCCCUGGAGCCGCCGGGCGCGGGGACCGAAGAGCAAGGUCCUGGGCCGCCGCAGCUGCUGGUUAGCCGCGCGCUGCUGCGGCUCCUGGCUCUGGGCUCCGGGGCGUGGGUGCGGGCGCGGCCCGUGCGGCGGCCUCCGGCGCUGAGCUGGGCGCUGCUUGGCACCUCCUCGGGGUCGGGGCUCGGGCCGCGAGUAGGGCCGCUGCUGGUGAGACGCGGAGAGGCCCUGCCAGUGCCCGGACCGCGGGUGCUGGAGACGCGGCCGGCUUUACAAGGGCUGCUGGGCCCAGGGACGCGGCUAGCUGUGACUGAGCUCCGUGGGCGGGCCAGAGUGGGUCUGGAGACUGGGGACAGCAGCCGGCCCCCACCUCCGCCCGUGGUGUCCUUCUUUGCGGUGUCGCGCACAGUCCGGCGACUCCGGGGAGUUCUGGGAGGGUCUGGAGAUUCACUGGGGGUGAGCCGGAGCUGUCUCCGUAGCCUCGGCCUCUUCCAGGGCGAAUGGGUGUGGGUGACCCGGGCCGGAGAGUCAUCGAACACGUCUCAGCCACACCUGGCCACGGUGCAGGUCCUAGAGCCUCGCUGGGACCUCUCUGAAAGGCUGGGACCUGGCUCUCGGCAGCUGGGAGAGCCCCUCGUCGACGGACUGGCCCUCGUGCCUGCCACUCUGGCCUUUAAUCUCGGCUGUGAUCCCCCGGAAGUGGGAGAGCUCAGAAUUCAGAGGUACUUGGAAGGUUUCAACACCCCUGAAGACAAAGGAAGCUGCUCAGUGCUGCCUGGACCUCUGUUUGCCAAAGAGUUACACGUCGAAAUCGUGUCCUCUCCCCACUACAGCACUAAUGCAAAUUAUGAUCAUGUACUUUACCAGCACUUUCAGACACCCAGGACAGUCCAGGAAGGGGACAUUCUGUGUGUGCCAACAGUUGGACAAGUAGAGAUCCUGGAAGGAAGUCCAGAGAAACUGCCCAGGUGGUGGGAGAUGUUUUUUAAAGUGAAGAGAACAGUUGGGGAGGCUCCAGAUGGGCCAGCCCGUGCCUACUUGGCUGACACCACCCAUACCUCCUUGUACUUGGUGGGUUCUACCCUGAGCCCUGUUCCAAGGCUCCCUUCAGGAGAAUCUACUCCCUGGAACAGCUUGUCUCCUCCAGGCCUGGAGGCCUUGGUGACCAAGAUCUGUGCUGCCCUGAAGCCUCGCCUCCAGCCAGGGGGUGCCCUGCUGACAGGAACUAGCAGUGUCCUUCUGCGGGGUCCCCCGGGCAGUGGGAAGGCCACAGCAGUCACUGCUGCCUGUAGGCGCCUCGGGCUCCACUUACUGAAGGUGCCCUGCUCCAGUCUCUGUGCAGACAGUAGCAGGGCUGUGGAGACAAAACUGCAGGCCACCUUCUCCCGGGCCCGGCACUGCCGCCCAGUGGUUCUGCUGCUGACAGCCGUGGACCUUCUGGGCCGGGACCGUGACGGGCUAGGUAUUCCCAUGGAGCCCAAUCCAGGAAGCUUUGGGGUGCUCAUCAUCCUACCCGUAGCACCCACCCACCUCCUGCCCUCCUGUGCCAGCCUGACAAUGCCCGGCCGCCAGCCACAUUCUCAUCCUCAGUGCCCACUGCCUGUCUGCAGCUGUCCUCCCCUGAUGGUGGUGGCCACCACCAGCCGGGCCCAGGACCUGCCUGCUGACGUGCAGACAGCAUUUCCUCACGAGCUGGAGGUGCCUGUGCUGUCAGAGGUGCAGCGACUGAGCAUCCUGCGGGCCCUCACUGCCCACCUCCUCCUGGGCCAAGAGGUGAACCUGGCCCAGCUCGCACGGCGGUGUGCAGGCUUUGUGGUAGGGGAUCUCUAUGCCCUUUUGACCCACAGCAGCCGGGCAGCCUGCAUCAGGAUCAGGAACUCAGGUUUGGCAGGCGGCCUGAGUGAGGAGGAUGAGGGGGAGCUGUGUGCUGCCGGCUUUCCUCUCCUGGCUGAGGACUUCGGGCAGGCGCUGGAGCAGCUGCACACAGCCCACUCCCAGGCUGUAGGAGCACCUAAGAUCCCGUCAGUGGCCUGGCACGACGUGGGUGGGCUGCAGGAGGUGAAGAAGGAGAUUCUGGAGACCGUUCAGCUCCCUCUGGAGCACCCUGAGCUGCUGAGCCUGGGCCUGAGGCGCUCGGGCCUUCUGCUCCACGGUCCCCCUGGCACCGGCAAGACCCUCCUGGCCAAGGCAGUAGCCACUGAGUGCAGCCUUACCUUCCUCAGUGUGAAGGGGCCUGAGCUCCUCAACAUGUAUGUGGGACAGAGUGAGGAGAACGUACGGGAAGUGUUUGCCAGGGCCAGGGCUGCAGCUCCAUGCAUUAUCUUCUUUGAUGAACUGGACUCCUUGGCCCCAAGCCGGGGGCGAAGUGGAGACUCAGGAGGUGUGAUGGACAGGGUAGUGUCUCAGCUCCUGGCCGAGCUGGAUGGGCUUCACAGCACUCAGGACGUGUUUGUGAUCGGAGCCACCAACAGACCAGACCUCCUGGACCCUGCCCUUCUGCGGCCUGGAAGGUUUGACAAGCUGGUGUUUGUAGGGGUGAGUGAGGACCGUGCUUCCCAGCUACGUGUUCUGAGCGCCAUCACACGCAAAUUCAAGCUAGAGCCAUCUGUGAGCUUGGUGACUGUGCUAGAUCGCUGCCCACCCCAGCUGACAGGUGCAGACCUCUACUCCCUCUGCUCUGAUGCCAUGACAGCUGCCCUCAAACGCAAGGUUCAGGACCUAGAAGAAGGGCGGGAGCCUGGGAGCUCAGCACUGCUACUCACCAUGGACGACUUGCUGCAGGCCGCCGCCCGACUGCAGCCCUCAGUCAGUGAGCAGGAGCUGCUGCGGUACAAGCGCAUCCAGUGCAAGUUUGCGGCCUGCUAGGAGCCUCUGACAGCUCAGGACCCCACCCUCAGAGGCUGAAGGUACCUUAGUACCCCUGCAGAGACCUGAGGAGCAAGAGGCUCUUUCUCAGGCUGCCACCAACACACCUGAAGGCUGCCUACCUACCCAUCCAGGCCAACUCCAGGAAUACGGCCCAUCUGCUCAGGAGAACCGGGAAGGCCUGGCAUUGGGCCCUAGGGGAGCCAGACUGGCUGAAAAUAAAGCUUAUGCUGCCCCCUG